AUGGCUUGUAACUUAGCGGCACGUCGGGCCGCCGCGUCCUUGUUUGGUGACGCCCAGCCACCACAAACAACAUUUUGCAUCUUUCUUGCGACCAGCAUCGAGCCUGAGGCGCAGAAACCAACGCCAUCGAUACCUAAUGGUGGGCUAACACGAAAACAACGACGAGCACAAGAAGCUUUAGCAAAACGCGCCGCCGGGAAGCAAGCAGCGGUGAGCGCUAGUGGAUCGUCGACCCCCAGGCUGAAGGAAGGAGAAGAGCCACUAACGAAGCCGCUGUCGAAUGGUACUGCCGUGAAUGGGACCGAGGUCGAUCCGUCUUCUUCGACGUUCGGCGACGAGUACAUCGCAUUUAGGUUUUCUGAGUCGGAAGACGACGCUGGGCCGAGCACAGCGGGCUAUGCGGAUAUCAAGGGCAAAGGGAAGGAGGUAACUGGGCAUGACAGGGAUAGGCGUGAGCAGAAUGGCGAUCGGGAUGCUACGAGCAGCAGUCGGAGGAAAGGCAGGGAGCGGGAUGAUAGAAGUUCGCCUCCUCCCACCGAACGCCGCAGAGAGAAGGAGAAACCGAGUUCGUCGCGGUCGGAGAGAGAGAGGGAUCGGGGAAAGGAGCGGUACGACGAUGAGAGGCGGAAUGGGAGGGGUCAUAAACGCAGACACGCUGAAUACGAUGAGGACGAUGGGUACGGAAACAAGAAGCAAAGAAUGGAUGCCGCGUCGAAGAAAUGUCCAUGGGUUAAUGGACCUGAAUUGGAGAGAUGCCAGAACGUGGCUGAAAUGAUGCACAAGGAGGUCGAAUCCUUCGUUGACUGGAUAUCUCCUUCAGCUACCGAAGACGAAAUACGUGGGCUCAUCGUCGCCCAAGUCUCGAAGAUUGUCAAAAGCGCGUUCCCUGACGCUGAGAUACAUCCUUUCGGCAGCUACCAGACGAAGCUCUACUUACCGUUAGGUGAUAUCGACCUGGUGGUCCUCUCCAACUCGAUGGCAUAUAGCGAUAAAUCUACGGUCCUGCACGCUCUUGCUAAUGCACUGAAGCGCGGUGGUGUUACGUCGCACGUCACCAUCAUCGCAAAAGCAAAAGUGCCUAUCGUCAAAUUUGUCACGAACCAUGGACGAUUUAAAGUGGACAUUAGCAUCAACCAGGCGAACGGGCUCUUCUCUGGCGAGAUCAUCAAGGGGUUUUUGAGAGACUUGAUUCCAUGCCCGGCAAACCAGGAGAGCAGGGCCCUCCGAAGUCUUGUUAUGGUCACGAAGGCGUUCCUCAGUCAACGGAGCAUGAACGAGGUGUACACAGGCGGUUUGGGCAGCUACAGCAUCGUCUGUCUGGCUGUAAGUUUCUUGCAGAUGCAUCCAAAGAUCAGGAGAGGCGAGAUUGACCCGGAGAAGAAUCUUGGAGUUCUGGUGAUGGAGUUCUUUGAGCUGUAUGGGCACUACUUUAACUAUGACGAAGUUGGCAUAUCGCUGCGCGAGGGUGGCACAUAUUUCAACAAGAGGCAGAGAGGAUGGCACGCUGAAUACAAGAGGAAUAUGUUGUCGAUUGAAGACCCUGCCGACCCUUCUAACGAUAUCUCAAGCGGUUCUUAUAAUUUCCACAAAGUGCGGACGGCAUUCGCAGGUGCCCACGGAAUAUUGACGGCUACUGCCUAUCUCCGGGCAAGUAUGCUCAGCUCUCGGCACCAUGGACGUUCUGUCCAUCUCAGAUCCCAUUAUGAACCCGAGGACUUGAGUAUUCUGUCGACUGUUAUGGGCAUCACACAGGAGACAAUCAAUCAUCGACGACUUGUACAGGAGCUAUAUGAUCGUCGGACUCUGCAUAACACCCUUGGGGUCAAACCUAAACCCGCCGUCGUCGAUGACCACAGCUCACGGCGGGGUGAUCACGAAGAGGAGUCAUCUUCAAGGUCGAAGGCGUCUCGUGCUGUAGAUUCUGCUUGGGAAGACGCACGCGAGGAUGUCCAGUCGGAACAUAGAGAGCAUUCACUGGACGACUAUGACGAAGAAGGCCGGUAUGCCAUUGGUCGGCAGCCUCCGAAGAAACGUCGGAAGACGGGUCGCGCGUCGGAUGCCCACACUGUGGUUUUCAUUGAUGAUUUUGAGGAGGACGAAGUUGAGGAGGGCGAGUACAUGAGUGACAAGCUUGAUGCCGAUGCCGUGGGUCGGCCAUCACAGCCCCGGGCAGCUGGUAAAAGCCCCAAGAACGAUGAACGACGGUCGUACUGGCUUUCUAAAGGCAAUGGUACUUUUGAAAGCGACACUGACUAG